UGUUGGGCCGUUCCUCGAAGCCCCAUCCAAUAGAGACAAGGACUCUUAAGGAAAGGGCGGGGCCUGGGGACCUUUCCUGAGUGAGGCGGUUUCGAGACUUCGAAGGCUCGCCAAGUUCUCGGAGAAGCUUGCCCUAGCUGUGACGAAAGGCCGUGGUGAGGAGCGGGGAGACUCUUCCUCCGUAUCGCAUGCUGCCGACAUGAGCUCUUUGGGUAAGGCGGCAGUCCCCACAGCCUGUGAUGAUGAGGACACCCUUCUUACCGGAGAUGCGAACUCCCAGCAUCAGGUGUCUGGUUCUGAAGCUGGCUUGAGCCAGGAGGGCAGGGAGCGGUUAGGGGACCCUGUGAUCAGCCCAGGAGUUGCAGAGGGUCCGAGCCCCCUCCAAGGGCCUCUGGAGAUCAGAGAGGGUGAGGCCAGCCUCCCGGGCCCCGAGAGCAGUGACUUAGGGUCUGGGUCUAAGAUGGAGGCAACAGAGGACACAGGCAGCAUGCUUAGGGAUCCGGAAGGCGGGGCCACUUCUCCCGUAGACCAAGAAGAAGAAGUUGACAUGGAUUUCUUGCCCCAGCUCAGUAUUGAGGCCAUGACUGUCAUGCGAGAGCUGACCAACCUACAGCUCCGAAAAGUCUGCAGGUACCCGUCCCCACGAACUUGUGCGGCUGAACUGGCUGCCCUCUGGGGAAACGUAGAUGAAGGCUCCAACAGAGGGGCACUGUCUCCGAGCUCUGUGAGAGGGAAACAGGGCCCCGAAGGUGCACUGUACCCCAGAGGCCUGGGGCGAGGCAGAGCCUGGGGGACCCCAAGAAGACACACCAUAGGUAGGAUGGUGAGCAGUGAAGGUGUCCACUAUCCCUCCUCAAACCCUGUGUCUUCUGAUGAGUUCAGUGACACUCAUGUGAUGAAAGGAACCGCUGGCCUCAAAGAAGACCAGGCCAGGUCCAGUGGCCUCACUGAGCUGGAUAACAUAGCCAGACACACAAAUGUCCGUGGCAGAGGAAAUUUUGUCCAUAUUCCCCCUUCUGUACUGUCCAGUGCUACCUGGGGAGUCAGCUCAGGCAUGGAAAGGCAGGCUUCAGGAGAACAGGAAAGCUCUUUGGCUAAGAAAAAGCCAAAUAUGGUCUGGGGCAAAGAAGGGAGCAGGCCCAGCCACCAUGGAGUGACUGCAGCUGCUGCCACCGCCUCUGCUGCUGCCCCUGCCUCAGCUUCUACAGCUUCAGGUGCCCUGCCCAAGACCAGUCCCAAAAAGAAGCAAGCUCAAGAGAAGACCUCCUCCUCAGAUGUCUCAAGAGGAUACCAGGGGAAAAACUUGCCAACAUGGGGACAGAGACUCAAAUCAGCAUUUGAGGGGCCAACGACUCUACCCCCAAUCUCAGGGGUUGCUCUGCUAGGGAAGGCAAGUAAAUGCUCACUGCCUUCAGGGCCCAAAGAGUUCAAGUCCAUCUGCACUGGGAAGAAAUCCAUAGCAAAGAAGACAAGGGAGCCACAGGCAGGGCCCAAAGAAGAUAACUCACCGAGAGAUCCUGGUCUGCAGGCCCAAGUUCCACCACACAGGGCAGAGCAGCCUUCCGUGUGCAUGUAUCGUGGAGAAAUGAGCAGGGGAGACUUCAACAUCAGAGCCCCUCAAGUUCCAGCAAACCCGCAGUUCUUCUCCUUGAGCCAGAGAUGUGCCAGACCCAGAGCACCACCUGCACCUGCUGGUGAACAGAAUCAACUUAUGGAUCCCAUAUUCCCUAAUGAAGAAAGUCAGCAAGUAAUACAUGGGACACCAGGUUGUGCACAGUGUGAGAUGUUACAGAAGGAAAUAGAUGAACUCAAGGAACAACUCGGGCUGGCACUGCUGUGACCCAGCGUUUGAGGACUGCCUAUCCAUGCUGUUCUCCUGUAGAAAACGUUUGCACAUAGCGCUCGGUGAUGGGUGGGGGAGUGUGUCCCAACUCUGUCUGCUUGGGUGGGGGCUGGGGGGCAGUGAGGCGGCUGUCUGGAAUUUCCCCUGAAAUAUGGGUCUCAGGUGGGUGGGUUCCUAUGUGUCUGUUUCUGGAAUACCCAUUUGUACUUUUGUGUUUCAGCGGUCAUGCAGGCCCUCAGUGAAACGUUCCAGGAUCCUUGAAGUUGGACUCAAGAGUUUCUCCCCACAGAAGAGGCCAAACUACCACCUGUGGAUCCUGCUUCCUUCCAGUUUUCUUCGACAGCAGUGGUUCCCACCUUCCUAAUGCUAUGGCCUGCUCAUGGGCUUCAUUUUGUGAUGUUAACCCUCUACCAUAAAGCUAUUUCAUUGUUACUUCACAGCUGUACUUUUGCAA